UAUAAUUUCUUUAUCAAAUAAUUGAUAGUAGUAAGAACCAGGUAUCAUAAAUCUAAAGUAUAAUUUAUAUAUUAAAGAACAAAUAAUUUAUUAAAAAUUAAUUAUAUAAAAAUAACCAUUUACCCUGUUUACUUUACAAGAUAGUAAAACUAGCUAGUGUGGUUGCUUUUAAUCGAUCCAUGCGUUGGUGUUGGCAAAAGAAGAAAUAAAAACUUUUGAUUAAAGAAGCAAAAUAAUAAGCCAAUUUAGGAGAAGACCAGUUCAAGAGAGGCCAUGGAUCCACAUAAAUUGAAUUUUGCUAAGUUAUCGUAAUUCAGUUACACUUAAAUAGCUAGCUACAAUCUUGGCCGUUGAUCAGUCGUUGGUUGUUUUACACUGAAUAACUGAUCUCACUAGACCUGGCACACUGGUUAAUUAAUUAAGAUCCGGCUCCUUCGUUGACUAUACUAUUUAAAUAAUUUAGAAUGCCAUUCAUUGAACAACAUAUACAAAUAAAAUAAAAUUUAACUAGCUAGCUAGUGAUCAAAAAUUUAUCACUAGUCUAGUGCAUGUGUUCACCGCUACUUGCUGCAGAGAAAAGAAAGGAUUAAAUUAAUUAAUUAGUUUGCAUGCAUGCAUGCAAAAUUGUACAUGCACGCAUGAGAGAUAGAGAGAAGUGGCGGCGGCAUUGAUCUUUGCGAGCUCCAUCAAAAUUAUAAGUUUCAUCCAUAAAUGAAAAGAGGUUUGAACCGGCCAGAUUCUGGGGGAACAUUGGCCUUUGUAAUUGCUGCUUCUUGCUCUUCCCCCUCACCAGAACUUGACACAAUUCCCCAACAGUUCAUUAUUUCUGUCACCAGGUUCCGCAAAAGGUUUAUUAUUUUCCAUUCUUUUUCUUUUUAUGUGGAAUUGUCACGUUUAAUUGUUGAAUAUGUCGUUACGUGGAAUUUCCGUCAUAAUUUUUUUUUUAAAAAGAAAAAAACGUUCAUGUUCGUAAAACUUGUAACACAAGUCAUCAUCGGUGAUAUUUUCUUGUAUUAUGUUGAUGAGUUUUAUUCUUAUUAGCUCAAUCUGUUGGGCAUCAACUUUGUAGGAUCGAUGCAAUUCAGCUUAUUUGUGAAUGUAAAAGAACUAAAGAAGAGUAGCAAAGUACCUGCUUUGUUAUGCUUAUGCAUAAAUGAAUAAAUAUAAAUACUCUUGUUCCUUUACUUGGCUGCUUAAUGCUUAUUCAGAUGAUUCUGUCUCCAUUUAUAUAUUCAUCCUUCCUUAUUAUUAUUUGAUCGAGUCGCCCAGCUUGGAGAUCGGAAAUUCAUUUAUUCUUAUGGAGAUAAACAAUCUAUCUUAUCAAAAACAUACUUUAUUUAGGAUUCUAAAUACUUAUACAACACGAAACAAGAUAGGAGUGGAAAUCCAUGCUUGAAAAUGACUCUAAAGAUGAGUUUCAUUGUCUUUUUAAAAGAGAAAUUCGUAUAUGUAGAAUUUGAAGUGUUUCAAUAUUUUUGUUAUUUCCCCAUUAAUAUUGAAGCUUUCAAAUUGUUACCUUUUCCCAUCUUAUCAACUUCAAUCAUUAUGUUUUCUCUCUCUCUCUCUCAUCAUUGUCUAUAUCAAUAAUGGAGCUUAGUAGUUUUAAACAGAGUUUUACAUGUUGCAGAUGGAACCAGGAAUUUGCAAUUCUGUCAACUCCGUAAAUGUUGAAGCAACCGAGAAAAAGGUGACAGGAGGAAAUGGAAGCUACACAGAGCAGUCAGACACAAGCUAUAAGAAGAUUAAAGGAGGUUGGAAAACUGCAAUUAUCUUGUUAGCGAAUCAAGCACUGGCUACACUAGCUUUCUUUGGAGUUGGAGUGAACUUGGUUCUGUUUCUGACCCGAGUCCUUCGCCAAGACAGUGCUGAGGCUGCUAACAAUGUGAGCAAGUGGACCGGAACCGUUUACAUAUUUUCACUCAUUGGAGCCUUCCUCAGUGAUUCUUACUGGGGACGAUAUUUAACCUGCGCAAUCUUUCAGUUCAUUUUUGUUGUGGGCUUGGGGAUGUUGUCAUUGUCGUCUUGGCGGUUUUUGAUCAAACCGGUUGGUUGCGGCAAUGAAGAAACUACAUGCUUGGAACCAUCAUCAGUGGGUGUUGGCAUUUUCUACUUGUCCAUAUAUCUAGUGGCAUUUGGAUAUGGAGGGCACCAACCCACCUUAGCAACCUUUGGUGCAGAUCAAUUUGACGAGAAGAACGAAAAACAAAAGAACGCGAGAGAAGCUUUCUUCUCUUAUUUUUACUUUGCCCUCAAUGUUGGAUCUCUGUUCUCCAACACUAUAUUAGUAUACUACGAGGAUUCAGGAAUGUGGACAAUGGGUUUCUUGGUGUCCUUGGCCUCAGCUGUUAUUGCCUUAGUUUCAUACUUAGCAGGAUAUCGAAAAUAUAGAUAUGUAAAGGGAUAUGGGAAUCCGGUGAUAAGGGUAGUUCAGGUGUUUGUGGCCACUGUUAGAAAGUGGAAGGUUGGUCCAGCCAAGGAACUCCAACUUUAUGAGGUUGAUGGUCCAGAAUCUGCCAUAAAAGGGAGUAGAAAGAUUCAUCACAGCAAUGAUUUUAGAUUCAUGGACAAGGCAGCAACAAUAACGGAGAAAGAUGCAGUUAAUCUCAAGAAUCACUGGCGGCUAUGUACUGUAACUCAAGUUGAGGAAGCCAAAUGCGUACUGAGAAUGCUACCAGUUUGGCUAUGUACUAUAAUUUAUUCAGUUGUGUUUACGCAAAUGGCUUCUCUUUUUGUCGAGCAAGGGGAUGUGAUGAACAACAAGAUAGGAAAUUUUCACUUGCCAGCAGCCAGCAUGUCAGUGUUUGAUAUCUGCAGUGUCCUUUUAUGCACUGGAAUUUAUCGCCAAAUCCUUGUUCCUCUAGCAGGAAGAUUUAGUGGCAAUCCUAGGGGACUAACUGAGCUUCAAAGAAUGGGAGUUGGCCUAAUUAUUGGAAUGUUAGCUAUUCUUGCAGCUGGUGCCACAGAGUUUGAAAGGCUCAAACACAUUACACCCGGGGAAAAGGCUAGUUCUUUGAGUAUAUUUUGGCAAAUCCCACAGUAUGUUCUAGUUGGUGCUUCAGAAGUUUUCAUGUAUGUGGGUCAACUGGAGUUCUUUAAUGGGCAAGCCCCAGAUGGCAUAAAAAGCUUUGGGAGCUCACUUUGCAUGGCUUCAAUUUCUCUUGGAAACUAUGUGAGUAGCUUGCUGGUGUACAUGGUGAUGGGAAUCACUGCAAGAGGCGAGAAUCCGGGAUGGAUUCCCAAUAACUUGAAUGUGGGGCACAUGGAUAGGUUUUUCUUCCUCGUUGCAGUGCUAACUGCUCUUGAUUUUGUACUCUACUUAUUAUGUGCUCGCUGGUACAAGAGCAUCAACCUUGGAGAUGGUGACAUGGGAAGCCAAGAGGACGAGGAAGUGAUCAGUAAAGUUUGAUUCAGUUGUUUUGAAUUUUCAUUUCCUUGCUAGGAAUUUGUUUAUCUUAGUAGUUUUAAUAAGGCUGUUCAAGGAUGUCCCUUUUGGUGACACAAAGCAUGACCAGUUCAAUUGAGAGAGGAUUGACAAAAUAUUGGUGGGAUGAUUGCUUUCUUGAUACCAUUACAGCUUUGGUGAGAUGUCAAAUUUGGCAUUUGGACUUGUGCUACUCUGUGAAUCACGGAAAAUGUUUUUAGUGAAUAUAAAUGAAUAUAGUAGGCCUUCUUAGUUUCUAUG